GAAUGUUUAUGAUUGAUAUAUAAAAUAAAUAAAUAAAUAAAUUUUUUGACAAAUUUUGAAAAAGUAAUAUACUACCAACAGUGGGAGAGAAAUUCCUUUUAUGUUUUAUUCUAUAACAAAAAUAAUGACUUAUUAGUAACUAUUUAUAGAUAAAAAAAAUUAAUUAUGAAUCUUGCAACUCAUAAGUUAUCGAUCGUUAACUGAAUUGGAUUCACUCAUAUUUUUGUUUGAGAAUUAGAAAAAUAUAUAAAUUUGUAUUUUCGUAUUUAUCAUUACUAAAAAUGCUUUUUAUAGUGAAAAACAUGAUCAAUUGGACUUCAAUUAAAAAAAAAAAAACAAAUUAGUCAUCCUUUUUUUAAAAAAAAAAAUUAUCGUCCCAGCAGUUAGUUAGCAGCUAGCUAUAUUUUGCUAACUGUAUAUUAACGGAAAAGAUAAAAACAAGAAAAAAAGAAAAGAAAAAGUAAAGGAAGGUUCUUAAAGCGCAUUUUAUACCAAAUACACUCAAAAAUCAGAUGGUAUCAAAGCUACCCGCGAAUCUCCAACCUUGCCAGAGCAUCAAACUGAUAAAGACUUGUCUAAACUCCGGUGACUUAAAACGCGCACUCUACUUGUUCGAUAAAAUUCCUGAACCAGACUUGCGUACAUGGACCAUUUUAAUUUCAGGCCAUACUCAACACGGAUUCCCUAAGAAAGCCAUAGAUAUCUACAGUACAUUAUUAUCACGCAAUGUAAGGCCUGAUAAAUUUGUGUUACUAUCUGUAGCAAAGGCAUGUGCUGCUUCUGGUGAUCUUGUCGUGGCUAAGAAGAUACAUGAUGAUGCAAUUCAGUUUGGGUUUAAUAAAGAUCUCGUUUUGGGUAAUGCAUUGAUUGAUAUGUUCGGGAAAUGUAAGUUUGUUAACGGAGCUAGGUGUGUUUUUGAUGAUAUGGUGGUUAAAGAUGUUGUUUCUUGGACUUCAAUGACUUAUUGUUAUGUUAAUUGUGGGAUGUGUAGACAGGGAAUAUUGCUCUUUAGGGAGAUGGGGUUGAAUGGGAUUAGAGCUAAUUCAUUGACAGUGUCAUCAAUUUUACCUGCUUGUGCAGAUUAUAUUAAGUUGGGAAGAGAAGUUCAUGGGUUUAUUUUAAGGAAUGAAAUGGAAGGGAAUGUUUAUGUGAGUAGUGCACUUGUGAACAUGUAUGCUAGUUCCUUAGGUCUUAAGCAAGCUAGGUUGGUAUUCGAUAGCAUGUAUCAUCGCGAUAUUGUAUCAUGGAAUGUAAUGUUAACUGCAUACUUCUUGAAUAAAGAAUAUGAAAGGGGUCUUGGUUUGUUCCAUCAAAUGAGAAAGGAAGGUAUCAAGUUAAAUCAAGCUUCAUGGAAUGCUGCAAUUAGUGGUUGUAUGCAGAAUGGCCAGCAUGAAUUGGCACUGGGAAUACUUUGUAAGAUGCAAGAUUCAGGGAUUAAACCUAACAGAAUCACGAUUGUUAGCGCCUUACCUGGAUGUACAAAUUUGGAAAGCUUAAGGGGUGGGAAAGAGAUUCAUGGUUAUGUCUUCAGGCAUUGGUUUAUUGAGGAUGUAACAAUAACAACAGCUCUAGUUUUGUUGUACGCCAAGUGUGGUGACUUGGAACUUUCAAGACAUGUCUUCAAUACGAUGCCAAGGAAAGACGUUGUUGCUUGGAACACGAUGAUCAUGGCUAACUCUAUGCAUGGGAAGGGAGGAGAAUCCUUGAUACUAUUCAACAAAAUGUUAGACUCAGGGGUCGAACCUAAUUCUGUUACGUUUAUAGGUGUCCUAUCUGGUUGUAGCCAUUCCCAGCUAGCUGAUGAAGGUCUUUUGGUUUUUAAUUCAAUGAGUUCUGAACAUUCAAUAACACCUGAUGCAGAUCAUUAUUCAUGCAUGGUUGAUGUACUAAGCCGAGCUGGUCGGCUGGAAGAGGCAUAUGAUUUCAUCCGAAAAAUGCCCAUAGAACCAACUGCUGCUGCCUGGGGAGCAUUGCUUGGGGCUUGUAGAGUGUACAAGAAUGUGGAGUUGGGGACACUAGCAGCAAGUCAGCUGUUUGAGAUCGAACCAGAUAACGCGGGAAAUUAUGUGUUAUUAUCUAACAUUUUGGUUACAGCAAAAAAGUGGGUUGAAGCUUCAGAAAUUAGAAAAAUGAUGCGAGACAAAGGACUUGCAAAAACGCCAGGUCGUAGUUGGGUUCAGGUGAAAAAUAAAGUGUAUUCUUUUGUUACUGGAGAUAAGAGUAAUGAACAGAAGGAUAUGAUCUAUAGAUUUUUGGACGAGAUAGAUGAAAAGAUGAGAUUAGAUGGAUAUCAGCCCAACACUGAUUUUGUUCUACAGAAUGUAGACCAAGAGCAAAGAGAAGAAACUCUUUGCAGCCAUAGUGAAAGGCUGGCAGUUGCUUUUGGGAUACUAAAUUCAAGUGGAAAAACGACAGUUCGGGUGUUUAAGAACUUGAGGAUAUGUGGGGACUGCCAUAAUGCCAUAAAGUUAAUAGCCAAAAUUGUUGGCAUGCAGAUCAUUGUAAGAGAUUCCUUAAGAUUUCACCAUUUCAGAGAUGGAUAUUGCACUUGCAAUGAUUUUUGGUGAUUUUUCCAUGUUCAUAUGAUAUGAGGAAGUAAUCUGAGAAGGAAUUGAAUGGAAUGAAACGUGAGAUUUCAUAAUACAUGAUUUAUAAUUUGUGAAAGGCAAA